AUGACUGCGAAGAGAAAAGAUUUCAGCUUUAGGCUGAAGUCUUCCUUCUGGAAAGUACUUGGCCCUGCUGAGGUCUUUCCCUUUGUGCUAUCGUUGGGUAUUGUGGUGCAGGGGAUUAUAUUUGCUUCUAUCCAGUCGUUUGGCCUGCGUGGGCUUUUCAUUCGGGGCUGCGAGCCUCUUUCACAAGUAAUGCUUCCAGCCUUCUUUAUUGUACCGUAUAUUCAGUUCACAUUCGGGCUUGAAGCAAUAGUUCAAGCCCUUCGUCCAUACCAACCCUUCUCUCCGCGAUCAAAAUGGAGCGUCCCCACGUGUCUGGCUGUCAUCGUUUUCGGCUUGAUUUUAACGUUCGUUUUGACUCGACUCGAACUUCCCCCCGAUAUCUGUUUUCCUUCGGUCGUGUUCUUCCUUCGGAGAUGGGCUAUCGGUUGCUUUGGUCUCCUUAUUGGAAUUGCAGCAACGUUGCUCAUAGGGUGUGUUGUUACAUUUAUUCGUCUGUACCGUGUUCUAGGCAUCGGUGAGCAGCAGAGAAUAACAGCAACAUGGAUGGCGUGGUUCAUGGCUCUGGGUGUACUGACACUGUCUAUCAUGUUGCCGUUCUUUUAUGCAGUGGCUGUAGACGAUUCUUCCACCAUUAAAACCUCGCAGUCAGAAUUAUCCAUGGCUACUGUCGUGGUGUCCAACUUGACGGGUCUCAUGACGGGCGGAAUGUAUAUACUGCUCCGGUCAACCAAGAUCGGCAAGCUUGGCCCCAAGGGCUACUUCGAAUUUGACCGGCAGCGCUCUAUCAGGCACCCCAAGUCGAGCGUACCGCACAGCUUCAUCUUUACGAGACAGAUGGAGCAGCCUGUACCGCUGUCUACGCAAUUGCCUCCUGCUCGGCGCCAAGCGAGCAGCCUGUACGCUACCCAGGACGUGGAGCUUGGGCUUGGCCCCGUACAUGCCCUCACUUCAGAUGAGUCCCAAAAGCCGGACGGCAUGCCUGAAGCUCCCGCGGUUGGUGUAGCAACUACCACUCCCGGCCCAGUCCCGUCACAAGAAGCACAUGCUCGAAAGAACUCUGCCUAUAACCUCUUCCCGCGAGACACCAUAUCCGACAAGCCCAUGUAUACCCUCCCGGCCACAGCCUAUGUAUCUUCCAGCAAAGACAACGAUCAGGCAGUCAACCCUUUUGAUGAUGACGAGUUACUACCUCCUCCCACCAUCCGACUCUCAGGCGGCAGACACAACCGAGAAUCAUCCCUGGGCUCGUCCGCCACCGUCCCAAUUGGCAUCCGGGUCUCGAACAUUCAUGACAUGCCCUCUGUCCAGUCUUACUACGAAGUGCCGCCUUCACCUCGAGCCACGACCCCGACCCGACCUGUUUCAAGUGUGCCUGUUCCGCAAAUCCCAGACACUCUCGUCGUCCCCGAGGAUGAAGCCUCGGAAGGCGGCGAUAAACAACUACCCCCAGUGCCUCUGGCCCUGGUGAACAAGGAACCCGUCAAAGAAGUCGACGAGGAGGAAGUUCGUCUCAGUCCGACUGUGUACACUCCCCAACGGACCCCUAGCAAAACCAAAGCGAAGCCAAGCAGUCCAACUGCACAAUCUGUUGGCCCUCCACACAGUCCAGAGAGCUUCUCGCCUGUCAAUGAAGCUGAGUGGAUUUAA